AUGCUAAUUCACGCCCCCUACGGCGGCAAGGAGGCCCGCCUGGGCACCUGGCGCGCCCUGGUGGAGGCGCAAAAAGAGGGCAAGGUCCGCUCCCUGGGUGUGUCCAACUUUGGUAUUCAGCACUUGGAGGAGCUGGACGAGUACAUCAAGAGCGGAGCCGGCGGUCAGAUCACCGUUGGCCAGUACGAGAUUCACCCCUGGUGCCCGCGCGAGGAUAUCGCCGAGUGGCUCAAGAAGCACAAUGUCAUUGUUGAAGCGUACUCGCCCCUCGUGCAGGCCACUCGCAUGAAGGAGCCCGUUCUGGAGAAGCUGGCUCAGAAGCACGGCAAGACCCCCGCUCAGAUCCUGAUCCGCUGGAGCUUGCAGAAGGUCUUCGACUUUAGCUUGUCGGAGGAGGAUAUGGCCACACUGAAGCUGAAUGAGUAUGCGCCCGUGUGCUGGGACCCGGUUCGGGACUGCAAGAUCUAA